AUGCCUGGAUAUGAUUGCGACCGAUUUUUAGACAUUAGUAAACAACAAACCGAUGAACUAAUGUGCUGUAUAUGUCAGGCCAUUGUAUGCCAACCAAUGGUCGCCCAAUGUUGUCAACAAUUGUUUUGCUCGGAUUGUAUCAAUGAUUGGCUCCGGGAUCACCAUACCUGUCCCUAUGAUAGACAAUUACUUGCAGCGGAUAAACUAACUUAUCCACCAAAAGUUUUGGUUAACAUAGUAUCCAAUUUGCGAAUCACAUGCGACUAUAGAGACCAGGGUUGUCAUCAUACAGUUCCCGUUCAUAUGCUGGCCAAACAUGUUAUGGAAUGUCCGUACAAUGUAGUCGAUUGUCCCCAAUGUCAUUGUCGGUAUACCAACACCAGUGCCACCACCACUACCACCACUACUACACCAAAUAAUACCGAUACCGACAACAAUAGUCAACAUAACUGUGUAAACAGUUUGAUUGCAUUGAAUCGUAUGGCUAAUACUGAAAUUUGUUCCAUGCUCAGUUUGGUUAAAAAAUUAACAAUGCACAUUUUGAAUUCAAAUAAUAUGAAUACUAUGGAUCUAGAAAAAUUUGAUGAAAUUAAAAAAUUAUUGGCACUAAUUCAAACUAGAUUACAACAAAAUAUAUGUGACAAUGUUAUGCUGAAUUCAUGGAGUACAAUUUGUAAAAUUAUUUAUGAAAGUAAUAGUUGUUAUACAAUGUUUACUGAGCAAUUUAUUAAUAACAAUGGCCUUGAUACAUUUGUUGGCUGCAUGCAUAUGUUUCCCAAUAAUUUAGAAUUAAUGAUAAAAAUGUUAUCAAUUAUAAUGAAAGUGUCUGAAUGUCCGCAACUUAUCCAUAAACUUAUGAAACCGGAACUAAUCGAUACAUUUGUAUCUAAUCUUGAUUUCAAUUAUCAGUUUAUUAGCUAUAGUUCGGCCAUCAUAUUGACUAAUAUUGCUAGUUUAGGCGAUCAAUUUUGGUCACAAUAUCUACCUGAUAGUUAUAAAUGCGAUUCAAUGUUAUACAAAUUGAAUAAAACAAUUGGAUCAUGGAAGAUUAAUACAAAACAAUUAAAAUUAAAUUGCAAAUCGUUAAAACCAAUUUUGAACUUGCUGAAAAUGUGCGAUCCUAAUAAAUUGGAAAUGUUGUAUUGGCCAGUAUGGACCCUGGCACAUUUGACUAGAAUAAAUAGUCAAAGAUAUUGUCCAUUAUUGUUGAAUGAAAAUGGCAUAGAAAUUGUUGAACAAUUACUAGAAAAUCAAUGCCUAUCCUAUCAUAUAAAACAUUUGAUAAAAUUAAUAUUAUAUCAAUACUAUAGAUAUCAACAAACUGGUGAACUAUCGGAUUUAGUCGAUAGCGAUAACAUGGAUAUACCCAUAGAUUAUCAUAAAUAUGUUAAUAAUAAACAACAACAACAACAACAACAACAACAACAAUGCGAGAUAUUUCCUAAAAAACAAUUGCCAAUAAAUCGGAUACUAUUUCUAUACUAUUAUACUGAUCGACAAUCGGCUAAACUGAUCCAAAAAUCAGGUUAUAUUAGACCGAGUCCUGCCUACGAUGACUAUCUAUCGGGUAUAUACAUGACCACAAUGGCUCCCGGAGCUGCUGAUGGAUCUAGUAGUAGUAGUAGUAGUAACAUUGCUCAAUCAAUUAUUAGUAUGCAUAAAAAUAUGCCCGGUCAUAUUAAGAUAAAUAGUACCGACUGUUAUAUAGUAGUUGAUGUUGGCAAAUUGGAUCUGGGUAAAUUGAAUAAAAUUACUACUACUACCACCAUGUACCAGUACGCCGAUACUAUACUAGUUGAACCCGGUAUGGUCUACAAUUGGCCGGGUAGUAGUAGUAGUAGUAAUGAUGAUGAUAAACUAACAUUAAUUAGGCGCACACGUAGUAAAAGUUGGUCAAAUUUGGUACAUGAUGUUGAUAAUAAAUUUAAUAAUAAUAUUAAUAGUAUUAAAACUAAUCAAAUUGAACACUCAAUUGAAACAAUUGAAUCAAAUGAGCCACCAUCACUGUUAUACUAUUAUACCAAUAUGGAAAUUGCCCAAUCAAUCAAACAUACAGGUGCCAUAAAUUUGUCGUACACACAAAAAUUAUUAGGUAAAUACACAUUGUUGUGUCCACUGGAACCGGUAGUUAAUGAUAAACCGGAGAUACUGGCCAAAUAUUAUAAUACUGGACAGUCGACUGUAGUACCCAACGAUUGUCAAGAUAUGGCCGACUGGUGUGUACGUGUUUGGACUAAACAGUUGAGCACCAGUCGAUUGACUGGACUGGACAACCAUAUGUAUCAAUACAGUGGUACUAUACGGAUAACGGAUCCCAAUGAUGUAUAUGAGAAGCCAGAGUGCAGUAAAAGAUCAUCGAUUGGAAAAUACAAAUAA